GGUUAGUGUCACUUUCAGGAGGUCCCACGGAGUUGAAUCAGUGAUGGAAUUGACAGCCGCCGGGUGAAUUAUUCCUCACUUGAAAACGUUUUACUGUAUAUAUGAUACACUGCGUAUUUUAUAGAAGUGUCUUUACCAAGAAGGUGGCUUUGUCCUUUUCUACACCCCACAGCGUGAACUCCAGUCUUUCGCUGAUUGCUUGUUUGGAUCCAGCUGGAAAUUUUUUUUUUUUUUACACUGAACACGUGGAUUUUAUACGGAGUAGCAAUAUUUCGAGAUAAGGAUGCACUACGACAGAUAGGGCUUGUGAUAAGUCUAACAAAGUGGCAUUUGUCUUAGAAAAAAAGAAUUAGCUUCUGAAAAUUAAUAAUAAUGUGAUGUAAGAAGCGGGUGUUUAUCUACAGCCAUUUUGCUCUUCAUUAUUUAUUUUCCGUUUAUAAUUUUUGUUCAACGUUUCUAUCGGUAUUUUGGUUCUAGAAGUUUCUUAUUAAGUAUUUUGCGACAUGAAGUAAUACAGUCCAAAGUUGAAUGUAAAGCCAAUUAAUAGUUCAAGGAUAUUUGGCGACGUUAGUCUUCAUUCGCCAUGGUUAUUUUAAACUAGGUGAAUCUACUGGACAAAGGACUGGUGUACGAUACAUCCAAGAAUUCAGCGCAUAUUACGGGAUUGGUAAGGAUCUGACUGCACUUGCUUUGAAAGUGAUCCUCACACGUAUCGCGAUUUCCGGGUAUAAAGAAAACAACGAAACUACAAGCAGGCACUCGGAGAGCUCUGGAUCUAAAUAUAGAAGUAUGAACUGUGUUCUGAGACUGGAUUAAUUAGACCGCCGCGACCCUUUUACUUUCCGCGGCUCUUCUGUACGUCAGAACGGAUCAUCACCAAAGCGCUGGAAAGAGGCUGUGUUUUGUUAAUCGGGAAGUGCUGCUGGAUAGCAUGGCAAUGGUAGUUAAUCCUUGGCAAGAGGACAUCUCCACGGGCCCCGGGUCUCAGGGUAGCUCGCAGUCGCAGAUAUGUAGUCAAGAACCAGUCGGAACUUCCCUUCAGACACCGGGAACCCCCUCCGGUUCCACGCCAGGCAACGACGCGCAUUCGGGGGAUAAAAUCCCUAACGUUGACUGUAUGGUUUGCGGAGACAAAUCCAGUGGCAAACACUACGGCCAGUUUACCUGCGAGGGCUGCAAGAGUUUCUUCAAACGUUCAGUGAGACGCAACCUGAGCUAUACGUGUCGGGGAAACCGAGACUGCCCGAUUGAUCAGCACCAUCGGAACCAAUGUCAGUACUGCCGCCUGAAGAAAUGCCUCAAAGUCGGCAUGCGAAGAGAAGCUGUGCAACGCGGCCGGAUGUCCAACUCCCAAAGCAGCCCUGGACAGUAUCUGAGCAAUGGAAAUGACCCCUACAACAGCCAGUCCUACCUGUCCGGUUUCAUCUCCCUGCUGCUCCGGGCUGAACCAUACCCAACCUCCCGCUAUGGCAGUCAGUGCAUGCAGACCAACAACCUGAUGGGCAUUGAAAACAUCUGUGAGCUUGCUGCUCGCCUUCUCUUCAGUGCAGUGGAGUGGGCCAAGAACAUACCCUUUUUCCCUGACUUGCAACUUGCUGACCAGGUGGCCCUUUUGCGAAUGACUUGGAGUGAGUUGUUUGUGCUCAAUGCUGCACAAUGCUCCAUGCCUCUUCAUGUGGCUCCUCUUCUGGCAGCAGCAGGCCUUCAUGCCUCCCCCAUGUCUGCUGACCGUGUUGUGGCCUUCAUGGACCACAUUCGCAUUUUCCAGGAACAAGUAGAGAAACUGAAAGCCCUUCAGGUGGACUCGGCUGAAUAUUCCUGCCUUAAGGCCAUUGUUCUCUUCACCUCUGAUGCAAUGGGCCUGUCUGAUGUCAGUCAUGUGGAAAGCAUCCAGGAAAAGUCCCAGUGUGCUCUGGAAGAAUAUGAACGCAACCAGUACCCCAGUCAACCCAAUCGCUUUGGACGUCUGCUGUUGCGUCUACCCUCACUACGUAUAGUUUCUUCUCCGGUCAUUGAGCAGUUGUUUUUUGUGAGGCUGGUGGGUAAGACUCCCAUCGAAACCCUGCUAAGGGACAUGCUGCUGUCAGGUUCCAGUUUCAACUGGCCAUAUAUCCCUAUGCAGAGGGACAGGGGGCUGACACUGCACUACAAUGAGACUGGUCACUGAUGUGCUUCUUUAUUGGUGUCCUGCCCAUGCCAAAAUAAGACCAGAAAAGUCUGUCUUACUGCAGGGGCUAACGGUUUUACACUGCAUCAUAGAGAGACUGGACACUGCACCUUCAAAGCAGGAAUUAUACUUCUUUUUUAUUAUUAUUUUUUGUUUUGUUUUAGUAAUUCAUGUUAAAAACUGUUCUAAACAUGUGACUGGCUUGCCACUGCAUUUCUGUUACUUAAUCCUAAACUGAAGAAACCAGAUCUCAACUAUCUGUUUUUACGCUUGUUUGAAGGUAAAGUGAAAAAAAAAAAAACAUUUUUUCACAGCCAAUAUUUCACACUUGAGCUGUAAAAGAAAGCCGAAGUAAUGUUUGAAAGCGUGAGAGGAAGCGAGAAAUUCCCAUUAUUUCCAAUAGGUGAUUACAGAUAUUGCAGGAGCCAAAUAAACAUCAAGGGUAAAUUGAAUCCCCAUCGAGUGUGCACUCUAAAGUAUUUAAGUGGGUUGUUGUGUUUCCUUCCCUGGAACACAGAUCUGCAUCUGGGGAUCAGUCAUCGUUAUCUGAGAUCAUCAUGCUGUACCCCAUUGUAGUUAACACUUCACCUGCAGAAAGCACCAGGACCAUCUACAGAAAUGUGAGCAUGACCUUGAGUUACAGAGUUGACCUCUUGGUCCACAUUUGUGUGAAGAGCUUGACCUGCUGACUCGUUUAUGAAGAGAACAAUUAAUUCAUGCUAUCCUGGUUGAAAGCACAGCAUUUAUCACAUCUGACAGCACUCAAGAAUAGCCACACCAUAAUACUAAGCAAAACAAAACGGUGGAGUUGGGGCCUUUUCUGUUUGAAGAAUCCUUCUUUUCUAAUUUCUCUGAGCCUUUCUGCAAGACACAUGUAGGGGGGUCAAUUGAUACUAAAUAGAUGGAUACUGUGAAGAUGUACAACUCAGGGCUUUAUGGCCAAAUAUGGGAAACAAAUUUAGAUUUGCUGUCAUUGUUUUUUUGUUGUUUUUUUUUGAGACAAGACUGUCAAAAAUUUGUUGAAGCGACUGGUCAUUUUUUAUAAUCAGUCUAUAAUUAUUAUUUAUGAAGCUCACUCAACAACCAAAGUGAAUUCAAGGCACUUUACAGGACAUAAGAGCUCAACUGAAGUCUCAAUCCAUCUAGCUAUCAAAAGGAGUCGAACUACUUGGUGAGAGUCCAAUUUUUGGCAGCAAGCUUCUUUACAAUGACCCUAUAAGAGGAUUUAUUUAGUCGCAGCUGAAAAUAAGGCAAAUUAAUUUGCAGUACUGCUCAGAAUAAGAACUGGGCCUGCAAGGGCAUCCAAAGCUCUCACAUCGCCAAGAUUUUUCAUUUAGUAACAGCUUUGCCUCCAGUUUUUGGUUAACCAGCUGCUUUGCUCUGUCAAUAUAAUAUCAAUGGCUCAUUGUACAUUUUUUAUUGAAUUUUUUAUAUGACAUAUUCAUUUUUAUGACAUUAUUACUUAUGAGUUUUAGGUCUUGCUCAUUCAUUGUUUGCAUUGCAAGGACAGGGUGAAAGGAUGGAUUAUCAGUGAAAGGAUGAUCCUUGCAAAGAGCUUUUCUUCUGCUAUACAGAUACACUUACAUAGCUACAACUCAUCAUUUUACUGUGGCUACAGCACUAAGUGUUAAUGUUACCAGGGGUAGCCAAGCAGCCUCAGAAUAGUCUACGGAGUGGAGGAGUGAGCUGAUGAUACCAACCAAAGAAAAACAGGUAGACUUUGCAAAUUGUAUAUGGUCUUCCUCACAUAAUCCAUCGUUUAAUGGAAUCAAUCACAGCUAGUAAAUGUAAUGAAUGAAUUUAAGAGGAUAUCAAUGAAGUGAAGGGUGCAAUAGUUUGCAGCAGAUGAUUUACACAGCCAGCCAGACUGUUACUAGAGACAGAGGAGCAGGUCUUCUUCCAUAAAAGUCUGACAAUAUCUGUUAAGCAUACAGUGCAUCACUGUCAACUGCUAAACAAGAGGGUUUUAUUUCUUUGCAAACUGUUUAUAUUCUAAGAGUGAACAAUAUGAUUUCUGUAUAGUCAGCUGAAGUGUAACCAGAACAUUACAGAAUUCAAUAAAAAUAUUUAUGCUAAAACAGCCAUACUUUGCCCAUAUGAUAUUUAGCUAGCUGUUGUGUGCUUAAAUCAGGAGGCAAGGUUUCCUCUUUCACUGAUCCAUUAUGAAGUUUUAGUCAACACCCCUCCAAAGGCCACUUCUGACAUUCUUAAGUUUAAGUCAAGGUAACAGAUGUAUGAUUUGUCAAUAUAAACAUGACACAAGAAAACAAACAGAAAACCAAGAAGUGUUGUAUCCUUCUCAUAGUAAUGGAACACUUCUUUCAGAAAGAUUACAUAGUAAAGAGUAGAAGGCAGGUGACCUGACUGUGUCUUUGGAUGUGAAACAAGUUUGUAUAAAAUGACAAUUUGUCCUCAACAACCCUGUAGAGUUUUGUGUUCUUCUGCAGUGGUUUAAUAAAAUAAUUUUUGAAGUUUAAA